AUGGUUCUUUAUUGGUCAAUUGUGAUCCAGUUAAAAAAAGAUGGUAGAUUCUUAACUACGAAUAAUCCUGAGUUUAAACCUGAGUUUAAACCUGAGUUUAAUCCUGGCAUUGACACAAAUGAUAUAUUGUAUUUGGAUGUAUCAGUAAACUUUGAUCCAAAAAAUCCAGUAUGGAAUCCAUUAACAGCAGAUAGUCCUGUUGCAUUUCACAGUAUGUCAAUUGGAGGUCAAAAUAACAAUUCAUUAAUAAUAUUUGGUGGAAUGUCAAAUGGGAAGGCACUCCCAGAUUCAUUAUAUAUUUUUGAUACAACAAGCAAGUCAUUAGCUUCUAAAGCAGUUACAACAGAAUGUACUAAUCGUGUGCUACACACCUCAGUCACCAAAUAUGAUUCAAAAGUUUUUAUAUUAGGUGGAUCUUCACCUGUUGUUUCAAAAGAUGAUGAUGUCAGUGAUACAUUAAAUACGUUAUGUGUGUAUGAUUCAUUAACAAACAUAUUUAAAAUGUCAGCAAUAAGUGUUUUACCAAAAGGAAUUUCUCAUCAUACUUCAACUUUACUAAGUGAUAAUCUCAUUUAUGUUAUUGGUGGUAUUAGUAAUGUGGUGGCUGGUACAGGUUCCCCUCCCCUAUCAGACAUGAAUCUAAUUACUAUUUAUGACACUAAUCUAGAUACUUGGACCUCAAAGACUGCUUUAGGUGAUAGACCUCCUCAAAGAAGAGGUCAUCGAGCUGUUGGAACAACAGACAUGAAAAUUAUUAUUUAUGGUGGUCAUGAUUUUGAUGCAUCAACUAUUUAUAAUGAUGUGUUAGAACUUGAUACAACUACACUGACAUGGAAAACUAUCAAACCUGUGGGAAUAGCUAAACCACCAGGAUUGUUUGAUCAUACAAUGACAUUGGUUGGAACUAAUAUUAUAAUUACAUAUGGAUUUAUGUUAGAUGAAGAAAUUUUUAAAGUAUCAUCAAAUAUAUUUAUACUUGAUUCUACAACUUAUACAUGGUUGGAAACAUAUACACCUAAGAUUCCAAUGCAAUCAUCAACUUCUAUGACACCAGCACCAUCACAAACUUCUACAGAUACUUCUGCAACAAAUUCUGAUAAUUUUGGACAAGAUUCUUCAAACACUACUAAUCAUCUUAACAGUAAACAAUUAGAGGAAAACUUGAACGGGCUACCUUUCUCAUUUGCAUCAUAUCUUUUAUUCUUAUUUAUAGCAGAAGAACCUUUGAAUUCAUUGACUAUUGACUUAAUGUUUCCGACACUUUCAUGUUGCUUCUCGUUAGCAAUUGUUUCUGCAUCAUGUAGAUUCUUAACUGCGGAUGAUCUUGAUAAUAUUGAUGAGUUUAGUCCUGGCAUUGACACAACUGAGAUAUUGUAUUUGGAUGUAUCAGUAAACUUUGAUCCAAAAAAUCCAGUAUGGAAUCCAUUAACAGCAGAUAGUCCUGUUGCAUUUCACAGUAUGUCAAUUGGAGGUCAAAAUAACAAUUCAUUAAUAAUAUUUGGUGGAAUGUCAAAUGGGAAGGCACUCCCAGAUUCAUUAUAUAUUUUUGAUACAACAAGCAAGUCAUUAGCUUCUAAAGCAGUUGCAACAGAAUGUACUAAUCGUGUGCUACACACCUCAGUCACCAAAUAUGAUUCAAAAGUUUUUAUAUUAGGUGGAUCCUCACCUGUUGUUUUAAAUGAUGAUGUCAGUGAUGUAUUAAAUACAUUAUGUGUGUAUGAUUCAUUAACAAACAUAUUUAAAAUGUCACCAAUAAGUGUUUUACCAAAAGGAAUUUCUCAUCAUACUUCAACUUUACUAAGUGAUAAUCUCAUUUAUGUUAUUGGUGGUAUUAGUAAUGUGGUGGCUGGUACAGGUUCCCCUCCCCUAUCAGACAUGAAUCUAAUUACUAUUUAUGACACUAAUCUAGAUACUUGGACCUCAAAGGCCACUUUAGGUGUUACUCCCCAACAAAGAAGAGGUCAUCGAGCUGUUGGAACAACAGACAUGAAAAUUAUUAUUUAUGGUGGUCGUAAUAUUGAUGCAUCAGCUAUUUAUAAUGAUGUGUUAGAACUUGAUACAACUACACUGACAUGGAAAACUAUCCAACCUGUGGGAAUAGCUAAACCACCAGGAUUGUUUGAUCAUACAAUGACAAUGGUUGGAACUAAUAUUAUAAUUACAUAUGGAUUUAUGGUGAUAUCAUCAUCAAAUAUAUUUAUACUUGAUUCUACAACUUAUACAUGGUUGGAAACAUAUACACCUAAGAUUCCAAUACAAUCAUCAACUUCUAUGUCACCAGCACCAUCACAAACUUCUACAGAUACUUCUGCUACAUCGUCAUCAUUAUUAUCAGAUCCAAGUCCUUCAAGUCCUUCUAUCUCAACAAAUUCUGAUGAUUCUGGACAAGAUGGUUUAUCAUCAUUCUUGUCAUCACUACAAUCAUUACCACCAUAUAUUAUAGGAAUAAUUGCUGGAUCAGCAUUUAUAUUAGUUUUGUUGAUUAUUGGUUUAAUCAUUUAUGUGUGUAAAAGGAGACAAAAAAGGCGCAAUUCAUAUUUCACAGCACCUUAUGAAUCAAAUCAAUCUCAUUCGCCACCAUUAACCGGUAAUCUACCAUUUAAUCAAUUACCCAACUCUUUAACAUCAAACAAAAACACAUCAGACAAUUCAACAUCAUCAUUACCAAUCCCGCCACCACAUUUAUUACCACCAUCUAUAUUAAAAAAAAAAAAUAGUUCUGAUAGUAAACUUGCUAUUGUUGAUUCAAAUGAUGUUCAUCGAAAUCCUCUUAGAAGACAAUUUAGUGUUGAUGACUAUCGUGACAAUCCUUAUCAACCACCACCCUUAACACUACCAUCUACAUUAAAAAAUAAAAAUAGUUCUGAUAGUAAUAAACUCACUAUAGAUGAUCCAAACGAUGCUUCUAAAGGAAAAUAUAGGGUUGAUGAUUAUCUUGGCAAUCCUUAUCAGCCACCCGAUAAUGAUAGACUUAAAGCAUCAUCUAUUGCAGCCUCUAGUAUAUAUGCACCUUCAUGUUCCAGCAGUACUAAAAGUUCACAUAUUGGCAGCACACUACCAAAAAUUGAUACUCAAUUGAACUCAAUUACUGAAUUAGGUAAUGUAACUCCUACAAACUUUACAACUACCACCUCUCCAAGUUCUGAUGUAAUUGCUGCUAUUAAUGCUGCUGCAAAAAAUGAUUCACACAGUAGUAAUGGGGAAAGUUUCCAAAGUCCAUUAUUUAGAAAUGAAGCUUUAAGUUUACGAACUGCAAGAAGGUUAUCUGAAGCAAAACCAAAGAAUAAUGUUGAUCAUGAUAUCAAUAAAUUAUUAUCUAAGCUUGAAAAAGAAGACCAAUAA